GACUUGGACCUAGACCUGGAAGACCUGCCAAUGGAAAGGGCCCUUGGUGUACACUGGAGUGCAGAAGAUGAUGUCUUCAAGUUCCAUGUGGCCCUCAAAGAACAACCAUGCACCAGGCGAGGCAUUCUGUCUAUGGUCAGUUCAAUGUAUGACCCGCUAGGGUUUCUUGCCCCAGUGACCUUUCCAGCAAAACACCUGCUGCAAGAACUUUGCCGACUGAACCUUAGCUGGGACGAAGACAUACCCAACACCCUGGCGCAAUCUUGGAAACGUUGGCUGCAGAACCUUGAGACUCUCGCAGACUUCAACAUCACCCGCAGUUUCAAACCGAAGGACUUUGGAAAGGUUGAACAUGCACAAUUGCACCACUUCUGCGAUGCAAGUGAAGUGGGAUAUGGCAUGGUUACCUACCUGAGGUUUGUCAAUGAUCUGGAGCAGGUGCAUGUGAAAUUUGUGAUGGGGAAGUCUAGAGUGGCACCGUUGAAGUUGAUGACAAUCCCACGACUUGAGUUGACUGCUGCAGUACUGGCCGUUCGUAUAGACCGGAUGCUCGUUGAAGAAUUGAAAAUGGACCUGGAACCAUCCGUGUUUUGGACAGACAGUACGACUGUCUUAAAGUACAUCAAGACUGAUAGCAGACGAUUUCACACAUUUGUUGCCAAUCGUGUGAAUGCGAUCAGGGGCAUGUCUGAAGUGUCACAGUGGAAACAUGUUCCUGGAAAACUGAACCCUGCAGACUAUGCGUCGCGUGGAUUGAACGCCCCAGAGUUCCUGAAAGGCAACAAUUGGAUCAAUGGUCCUAAGUUCCUGAAAGACUUGGCCAAACACUGGCCCAACUCACCUGUUGACCCUACGAUUCCACCAGACGACGCAGAGUUGAGAAGAGCAGUACUUGAAGUUCACGCCACUGUUGCCAGUCACCAUGAUCCCACUAGCAUGUUACUGAACUACUUCUGCACUUGGAAUAAGCUCAGAAGAGCUGUUGCAUGGUUCUUGAAGCUAAAGAAUAUACUUACCCGACGUGUCCUCAAAAGAAAGGGAACCUUGAAGGAAGUUGAGGCUGGCCCCAUGGCACUUUCUGUUGAAGACCUAGAAAAGGCAGAAGAAUCAAUUGUGAAGUUUUGCCAAAACCAAGGAUUUCCUCAGGAGAUGGCAUGCCUGCGCAAUGGAAAGAAUGUCAGCAGGAAAAGCUCCAUCUUCAAACUGGACCCGGUACUUGACCAUGGUGUAUUGAGGGUUGGUGGCCGCCUGAGCAGGAUGGCUAUGCCAGAGGAGCAGAAACAUCCCGCUAUCAUGCCCAAGAGGCAUUUCGUCUCAGAGCUUCUGCUACAACACAUCCAUAAGCAAGUUGGUCAUGGUGGCAGAAAUCACAUUUUGGCAAGCUUAAGGAAAAAAUACUGGAUUCCUUGUGCAAAUUCCUUUGCAAGGGAAAUUGUAAGCAAUUGCUUCCCCUGCAGGCGAAACUAUGCACGUGCAGGUGAACAAAAGAUGGCCGAUCUGCCAAUUGAUCGCUUAACUCCUGACCUCCCUCCAUUCUCACACGUUGGAGUGGAUUACUUUGGACCAAUAGAGGUGAGAAGAGGGCGUGGCAUGGCAAAGCGUUACGGUGUGCUAUUUACUUGCUUAACUACCAGAGCAGUCCAUUUGGAAGUAGCACACUCAAUGGAUACAGACUCCUGUGUGAAUGCGUUCAGACGCUUCAUAUCCAGAAGAGGCCAAGUAAAGGAAUUAAGGUCGGACAAUGGAACUAAUCUGAUCUCUGCUGAAAAGGAGCUACGGGAUGCACUGAAACUUUGGAACAUGGAUCAAAUUGAGCGCAGCCUUACCCAGAUAGGUGUCAAGUGGACAUUCAAUCCUCCAGCCGGUGCCCACCAUGGAGGUAUUUGGGAGCGCAUAAUAAGAAUGGUAAAAAAGGUCUUAACCUCCAUCACAAACCAGCAGUCUUUGGAUGAUGAAGGUCUAGUCACAGUGAUGUGCGAGGUGGAAUCCAUCCUAAACAGCCGUCCAUUGACAACCGUUUCCAAUGACCCCAAUGACUUGGAACCCUUGACGCCCAAUCACCUACUGCAGCUUAAGGUCCAACCCGUGCUUCCACCGGGAACAUUCAAACAGGAAGACUUGUAUGCCAGGAGACGGUGGCGACAAAUACAGUAUAUCGCAGAUCUUUUCUGGACACGCUGGAUACAGGAAUAUGUCCCACUCAUGCAAGAACGAUCCAAAUGGUCCCGCAUCAGGCCCAACUUCUGUGUGGGAGACAUCGUAGUGAUAGCUGAUCCUACAGCACCACGAGGCUCAUGGGUGAUGGGAAGAGUCAUCGAAGCCAUAGCUGACUCCAAGGGCCUUGUUCGUUCUGUGAGACUGCAAACUAGAACCAACCAGCUCCUAAGGCCCAUCAGCAAGAUCUACCUGUUGGUGAAGGCCAACAACCAACAUUGA